GGCAAGGGGGCCGCCCCAGGCCCGAAGUCAAGGCGGGCCCGGGAUGCGGCUCUGAGGCCCAGCAUGGCCAACUCAGGCCCCACCUUCCCGCUGCACCGGCUGGUCUGGGCGAACCGGCACCGCGAACUGGAGGCCGCGCUGCACAGCCGCCAGCAUGACAUUGAACAAGAGGACCCCCGGGGGCGAACCCCUCUGGAGCUGGCUGUGUCCCUGGGAAACCUGGAGUCUGUGAGAGUCCUCCUUCGACACAAUGCCAAUGUGGGCAAAGAGAGCCGCCAGGGCUGGGCAGGUACUGCAGAGGGCAGAAAGACUCCCCCAGGGCUGGGAGCAGGGUUAGUGGCUGGGAGCGAGCAGCCAGGCCUGAGCCCAUCAGAAGGGCUCCCCUCAGCAGCCUGGUGUCCCUCAGUCCUUCAGGAGGCAGUCAGCACUGGAGACCCUGAGAUGGUGCAGCUGGUGCUUCAGUAUCGGGACUACCAGAGAGCCACACAGAGGCUGGCUGGCAUUCCAGAAUUGCUGAACAAACUCCGUCAGGCCCCUGAUUUCUACGUGGAGAUGAAGUGGGAGUUCACCAGCUGGGUGCCCCUCGUUUCCAAGAUGUGCCCAAGUGAUGUGUACCGUGUGUGGAAGCGGGGAGAGAGCUUGCGUGUUGACACUAGUCUCCUGGGCUUCGAGCACAUGACCUGGCAGCGUGGCCGGAGGAGCUUCAUCUUCAAGGGCCAGGAGGCAGGAGCCCUGGUGAUGGAAGUGGACCAUGACCGGCAGGUGGUGCACACGGAGAUGCUAGGGCUUACUCUGCAUGAGCCUGAAGCACUGCUGGCCGCCAUGCGGCCCAGCGAGGAACAUGUGGCCAGUCGCCUCACUUCUCCUAUUGUCUCCACCCACCUGGACACUCGCAAUGUGGCCUUCGAGAGGAACAAAUGUGGUAUCUGGGGAUGGCGGUCUGAGAAGAUGGAAACUGUUAGCGGCUACGAGGCCAAGGUAUACAGUGCCACCAAUGUGGAGCUAGUGACACGCACACGCACAGAGCACCUCUCUGAUCAGGACAAGUCAAGGAGCAAAGGGGGGAAGACUCCGUUCCAGUCCUUCCUGGGGAUGGCCCAGCAGCACUCCUCCCACAAUGGGGUCCCUGUGCAGCAGGCAGCCAGCCCCACCAACCCCACAGCCAUCUCCCCUGAUGAAUACUUUGACCCCAACUUCAGUCUGGAUUCAAGGAACAUUGGCCGCCCCAUCGAAAUGUCUAGCAAAGUACAGAGGUUCAAGGCAACACUGUGGCUGAGUGAGGAGCACCCACUCUCCCUGGGAGACCAGGUGACACCUAUUAUUGACCUGAUGGCCAUCAGCAAUGCCCAUUUUGCCAAGCUGCGUGACUUCAUCACUCUGCGCCUCCCACCCGGCUUCCCUGUCAAGAUUGAGAUUCCCCUUUUCCAUGUGCUCAAUGCCCGCAUCACCUUCAGCAACCUGUGUGGCUGCGACGAGCCCCUGAGUUCGGUGUGGGUGCCAGGUCCAGGCUCUGCAGUGGCAGCUUCAGGGAGCCCUUUCCCAUGUGAGGUGGACCCCACUGUGUUUGAGGUGCCUGAGGGGUACAACGUGCUGGGCGCAGAGCGCAGUGAGCCCCUUCGCGAUGAGGAUGAUGACCUGCUGCAGUUCGCCAUCCAGCAGAGCCUGCUUGAUGCAGGCACAGAGGCGGAGCAGGUGACUGUCUGGGAAGCCCUGACCAAUACGCGAUCUGGCACCUACCCUUCUUCCCAAGCCGCAGUUUACGAGGAGCAGCUUCAACUAGAGCGGGCUCUCCAGGAAAGCCUGCAGCUGUCCACAGAGCCCGGGGGCCUGGGAGUCCCUCAGAGAACACCCGCAGCCCCUGCCCCCCCAAGCUUUGAGGAGCAGCUUCGCCUGGCCCUGGAGUUGUCCUCACGGGAGCAGGAGGAGCAGGCGCGGCGGGGGCAGCAGGAGGAGGAAGACUUACAGCGAAUACUGCAGCUGUCACUCACAGAGCACUAAGCCUGGCCCCCAAGAGGGCUGACCAGGGCCACGCCCACCUCCACUUUUGUAAUUUAUUUAUUUAUAAACUGCUGCUGAGCUGGGGCCUCGGCAUGGUUUUACAGUGGAAAUGGAAAUAAAGACACGAUC